AUGGCUCAGGUAGCUCUAGAUGGUAAAUUGUCUUGUCAAAUCCUUCUGGCAUUCCGAGUCCUUCCUUCCGACAGGAAAAAAAUUUCCUUCUGGCAUUCCAAGUUCUUCCUUCCAACAGGAAAAAAUUUUCCUUCCAACAGGAAAAAAUUUUCCUUCCAACAGGAAAAAAUUUUUCCUUCCAACAGGAAAAAAUUUUCCUUCCAACAGGAAAAAUUUUUCCAGUUGUCCGUCCGUAAACCAUUCAAAUUUUCGAAAAUUGAGAACUUUUUGGCCGACCUUCAGGAAAAAUUUUUCCUUCCAACAGGAAAAAUUUUUCUUUCCGACAGGAAAAAAUUUUCCUUCCAACAGGAAAAAAUUUUCCUUCCAACAGGAAGAACUCUUCCUUCCAACAGGAAAAGUCCUUCCUUCCGACAGGAAAAGUCCUUCCUUCCGACAGGAAAAGUCCUUCCUUCCGACAGGACACAAACGGAUGAGUGA